CUAGUAUAAGAUAUUGAGAGAUAAAAACAAAGAGAGACCUUUGCAGUAAAAGUUAUUUCUUUCGUUCUUCUUCUCUUGCGAAAUCUCUCUCUGUCUUCUUUCUCUUUCUCUGGAAGCGUCUCUCUUCUUUGGAUCAAGCGGUGGAGACGGCGGCGUUCAAGAACAAGAGAUAUGGUUGAGACGAGACGUAGCUCCUCUGCUUCCAAGCGCCUUCCUGCUUCUUCCCCCGAAACAACUUCUUCAUCCUCACGUCCUACCAAACGAUCCAAGGCUGCGGCGGAACCGGCUGCUUCUUCUUCGGCGAGUGAGGUGCCGGUUGAAAAUCGUGGGCCGGUUUCGGAUCCUGGAUCGGAAUCUGGAGAGCCGGAACGGAGAACUCCUGAUCCGCAGACUAAUGGUGCCGAGAGGCCAGUCACUACCGCCGAUGUGCCGGCCAUGGAGACCGACACAAUUCCAGAAGUUGAAGGCUUGGUGACGCCCACCCCUGCAGUGGUCGAAGCUGAAAAAUCGAAAUCUUCAAAGAAGCGGACUGCUAAGGCUCCUUGGGCCAAGCUUAUCUCUCAAUGUUCUCAGAUACAAUUAGCUCCGAUGGAUGUAAUGGUUCACUCUUCAAGCUUUCUCCUUCCUUACAAUCCAGCCGAGGAAACGAAAUACGCUCUCGUUGUUCUUAACCAGAAUCUGCCACGAUUCACUCCUCUUCUCUGGGAACAUGCAACACUUCGUCUCUGUGCUGAUGGUGGCGCUAAUCGCAUCUACGACGAGUUACCUCUCUUCUUCCCUCAUGAAGACGCUUCCUCCAUCCGAAACAGGUAUAAGCCUGAUGUGAUCAAGGGAGAUAUGGAUUCUAUUCGCCGUGAUGUCCUCGACUUUUAUGUGAGCUUGGGUACCCAGGUCAUAGAUGAAUCUCAUGAUCAGGAUACCACAGAUCUUGAUAAGUGCAUUUUGUAUAUCCGUGACUCUGCUUCCAGUCUAGAGAGUUCUAGAGUAAGUUCAUCUUUCAAUAAAGCUCUCUGCUUUUUCUUUGUCUUCUCUUGAAUG